CCUGAGCUCACAUCUGCUUUCCUUUGGGGACACAGUUGAGCACAAUGCCGAAUUUCGAACCCAACGCCGUCAUUCGCGGCUCUCAGUUAACAAUUGUUGGAACUGUCCGCGCUUUGGGCAAUCCCGAUCUGUUCAAAUACAACCACUUUCGUCAGGCUCUCUUCGCGGUCGCCGUUGGAAUUGCCAUCCAACUUAUCAUUCAGAUCCCGAUCAUCGGAGUCAAACUCGUUCUCUGGAGUAUUUCAUGGGCCGUCGACCUGGAAAAUGCCACCUGGGAUGACACCCUCGUUGAGAGUCUCGACUUCAUCUCCAACUCCGUGCUGCAGGUGCCCUUCUUGCUCAUGACACUGAUGCGUUAUAUCACGCCUACCUUAGACGAAAUCUUCAUGGAAUCUCUCAAAUGGGUGGAUGCUACCUACGUCCAGAAACACAAGAAGGACGACCCGAAGAACUUGCGCGACAUGUACUAUCCCAAUCUAUCCAUGUACACCUCCGAGGAGGGCAAGGUCAGAACCCCGAAGGCCGCCGGACAUGCAGCAUUCUUCAUGUUUCUCAGGCGGUACGGUAAACGGGCUGGACUCCUUUUGGGGACCUACCUCUUUUCUUUGGUUCCCGUAGUCGGACCUUUCGUGAUGCCCGCUGCCUCCUUUUACGCCUUCAAAAGCUCCGUAGGAACUACGCCUGCUGCUGUCAUCUUUGGGGCCGGCUUCAUCCUACCUAAAAGCUACGUUGUUUCUUUCCUGCAUAGCUAUUAUGCCUCCCGCAGUCUCAUGCGUGAACUGCUGGAACCUUACUUCAGCCGUGUUCCCUUCACCCAUGAGCAGAAGAAGCGUUGGUUUGCCGACCGUGAAGGAGUACUGUUCGGCUUCGCCUUCGCUUUCACUCACGUCAUGAAGGCCCCGUUCAUCGGGGUCCUCCUCUAUGGUGUGGCCCAGGCGUCGACAGCGUAUCUUGUCACCAAGAUCACGGAUCCCCCACCGAGCCCUGCGGAGAAGGAGCGUUUCGCCGAGACCCAGACGACUUGGACGAACAAGCACGACUUCCUGCGUCUUCCCUUUGAUAGUCUAGACAAGCUCAACGUGCACGAGGAAGAUGAAAAGCCCAAGGCGCCUGACACCCCAAGCCGCAGGUUUUCUUGAAUUCGGCGGUGUGUGGAGGGCUGACCGGGAUUUGACGGAUGUGUGAUAGACUGAGCCCGGGAUCUGUAGAGAGUUGGGGUGAUGAGUAUAUUUGUAAAGGCCUUUUAUAAGAACCGUGUGGUUCAAUUUGUUAUCGUUAUCAGACAAAAGUUGAGCUGCAAAGCAGAGAAAACGUUCCCCGCAGAUAAGCG